UACGCAUGUGGUUCAUCUGCUACACGCCACAGACAGGGAAGUCAGCUGUUUGUGUGGUUUUAAUCGUAAACGUUAAAGAUCGAACGGUGUCAUCAUGUCCAGGGUGCCGAUGGGCAAGGUGUUGCUGCGAAAUGUUAUUCGUCACACAGAUGCCCACAACAAGAUCCAAGAGGAGUCAGAAAUGUGGAAGUUGAGGUGGAUGGAGAAGGGUCCGUCCACCAGCCACAGACCGAUGCCACCAUCUUCAAAUCCAUCCAGGAGUCACAUGCACUGUGAUCGCGUGGAGGAUGGGUCUGUAGAUAGACUGGGAGACCGGCUGCGGAGAAGAGAACACAGCUCUGGCCAGGACGAGAGGGAGGCACGCUACUGGACCAAGGAACUCUAUGACUUCGAAGCCAAUGAUCCAGACAGAUGGGGACACAGCGGUUUUAAGGAGCUAUACCCAGAGGAGUUUAAAAGUGACUGGGAAAGAGACCGUGGUGAUGAUCAGAAUGGGCAUUGCAGAAAGAAAAAGACUAAGUCCAGACUUAAAACAGCCAAAUCAAAACAUCUGAAGAAGUCCUCCAAGAAGAAGAAGAAGAAGAAGAAAGAGGAAAAUAGGACCGGUGAGUCAGAUGGUGAGUCUAGCAGUGACAGUGUCAAACAGAAGAGGAAGAGCAAACAUAAGAGGAAAAAGAGUGAGAGAGAGGAGGAGAGCAGCUCAGAGGAGAGAGGGAGGAGGAGGAAACGACAGAUGGACUCCCACAGAGACUCAGGACCAGAGUCACACAAGAAGAGGAAAAACUGGAAAGCAGGAGCGGACAAAUCAGAGGACAGUUCUGAUGAUUGAACCUUUUUCCAUUGGCAGCCAGUAACCUGUAACUUCAUACUGCUCCCUUUCAGUUGCCUAUCUCAAAGCUUUCACAGUUACACCCCACUUCCACUUGAGUCCAAUGUUUCCCACUAGAUUUCUUGUGAACAUGGCCAUCACCAUAGCUAGAUAAGUUUGUGAUUUAUCCAAUGACAAGACAACUGAGGAAUUGGCUAAAGAACAAAUACAACUUUUGAACAGACCUACUGGCAGGGGAAAGCAUAUUGUUCUUCGCUUUACACCUUUCCUCUGCAAUACUCUUUUGUGUUGUACUUCUUUCUGUGUACUGCUGAGCACAAACCUGUGUUUUCCUCCCCUUGGGCAUUCUUCACAGUAAUACCUCACCUCUUCUGUUACUGGUUCUGCUCCGGCUGCAGUGCUCAGAUAGUGAGCUGACACUGCACAAAUAUGGACUCAGAAAAGCCACCUCAUGACAAACUGACUGUAGAGCCAUGUCUCAUAGUUAGUGUCCAGGCUUUACUUUAGCUGUUAUAUUAUGGAAAAUUUACAUUUUAUGCAGAUUUCCCGACCAAUUAUGACAAUCUCUUCUGCUUUUUUUUUAUUCAGUAUUUAUUUUUUAAAACUUUUGUAAUGGUAGUCAGGAUUUCAUGGAAUGUCAGGACAACAUUGAAAAUAAAAUGCAUAUUUGUUUGUAAAAAUUUACUCUGGUUAUCACACCACACAUUUAGACAUAUCACAUACAUCUCAUGUAUGGUUUUGAAUACAGGAUAUCUACAUGACUAUCAUUCACUAUUCUCAGUAGGCCUAUAGCCGUUCUAUUCCAUGACCAUGUAUAUUACUCUUUAUGCAUCCAAUUCUACAUUAAAUAUUGCUUCCAUAUGGCCCUUUGGUUGAAUCCUUCAUGUGUACCAUGUACAAUAGAACAUUGUGUUAAUGGUGUACGGUUUCCCUCUAGUGUUCAGUUUCUACAGUACUCACUGUAGAUUCAAUGUGCAAGAAAAUGGAAUAGAUUAACACUGAAUGAGUGUCUACAUUUCUAUAUAAAUUAUUUUAAUAAGAGACCUGCUGAAAAAGGUGCUAUUGUCUAAACCAGGUUUGAAUUUCAUUCAACGUAGAGAGCAGGCCACUGCUAGAAAGUAUAUUUUCAAUGUCAUUCCUUUCUAGUCAUCACUCUGUACAAGGUUAAUUUAUUAUUUAGUGAAAGGGCUAGAAGGCCUACAGUAUCUACUAUCCUAAUGUUAUCUAUGGUCUGUUGUCUUCACCUGGUGGCUCAACCAGUGUAGUACACCCUGAGGAUUUAUUUGCUCAUGGCUUCUUUUUCAGAAUAAAGAAUUUAUUUGCGACAAAACGA